UCCGAAUAAUGAAUAAUAUUCAGUUCGUUUUUGAAUCGCGUGGGGAAAUGUAGUCCGCGAAAAAUCAAAAUCGGUUGGUGUGCUCUUUCUAAAGUCGUGAUUGUAUUUUCACAUUUUUUUCGGAUGCGAAGAUCUUUCAAAACAGCGAUCUCUGUGAAACAAUGGUAGAAAUAGUGUCCAGUGAGAUCACGCGCAGUCAGCAUGAAGAAGUCCAAGUUGCAUUCAAAAUCGCAUUCCUACGGCUAUACAGAAAAACCGAAAAAAAGACGAAAUCGUCAUGGUCUGUUUGAUUCUUUAUUGAACUCGUUAUCGACUUUUUUAUGGCCAGUUGCAACACCGUUCUCAUCAGCUCCUGCGCGGAGUUGGAUAGAAGCAACCUUCACGAAAAGAGAGUGCAUUAAAUACGUUCCACAUCCUAAAUAUGAAAAUAAAUGUUGCUGUGAUAGAACUCUAGAACAACAUAAAUUCAUCACUGAAAAUUCAGAAAAAAUUCAAACCGAAAUAUGGUUACCAUCAAAAUGUACAGCGGCCUUUCCAACGGACGCCUAUGGGACUGUUGAGUUCCAGGGGGGACCUCAUCCGUCCAAAGCUCAAUAUAUCCGUUUGGCUUACGAUACCAAACCUGAGCACAUCAUACAGCUGAUCACCAAAGAAUGGAGUCUAGAGCUUCCAAAACUACUUAUUUCUAUUCAAGGUGGCAAAGCAAACUUCGAGCUGCAGCCGAAGCUGAAGAAAGUUUUACGCAAAGGUCUCCUGAAAGCAGCUAGGUCUACAGGGGCUUGGAUUUUUACGGGUGGCACCAAUACUGGUGUUACAAAGCACGUGGGUGAUGUACUUCUACUUGAAAGAUCUCAACGAACCGGUAGGGUUAUAACGUUAGGUAUAACCCCAUGGGGAAUAGUAGAAAAUAACCAAGAACUCAUAGGGCACAACAAAGAAGUUCCAUAUCAUUCAAUUUCUUCUCCAAGAUCACGAUUCGCAGCUCUGAACAAUCGCCAUGCCUAUUUCCUGCUCGUAGAUAAUGGAACAAUAGGGAAAUACGGAGCUGAAAUUGUACUCAGGAGAAAAUUGGAAAAGCACAUAUCGAAACAGAGAUUAUAUCCUUUUACCCAAAGUCCGAUACCCAUAGUAUGUUUGGUGAUCGAAGGCGGCACAAAUACCAUACGAGCGGUCCUGGAGUAUGUCACGGACGAUCCUCCCGUUCCAGUCGUCGUUUGUGACGGAUCCGGCAGAGCUGCUGAUCUCAUAUCAUUUGUAUACAGAUACGAGCUGAGGGUGCUAAAAGUACUGAAAGAUUACAUAAUCGGUACCAUCCAAAGAGCAUUCGAGGUACCAUUAGAUUUGGCAGAGGUUCUUUUUGGUGAACUCCUUCAGUGCGUCCAAAACAAAAAUCUUAUAACAAUCUAUCGAAUAGCGGAAAAGAACGACCAAACUAGGCAUGAACUCGAUCAGACGAUCCUCACAGCUCUCUUCAAAUCUCAACAUCUAUCACCCACUGAACAGCUGAGUUUAGCGUUAACUUGGAACAGGUCGGACAUUGCACGUUCCGAAAUCUUCAUUUACGGUCAAGAAUGGCCACCAGGUGCUCUGGAGGACGCCAUGAUGAAGGCUCUGGAACACGACAGAUGCGACUUUGUCAAGUUACUUCUGGAGAACGGUGUGAGCAUGCGAAAGUUCCUCACGAUUCCAAGGCUGGAAAAUCUUUACAACUCGAAGCAAGGGCCAAGCAAUACGCUACAGUAUAUAUUGAGGGAUGUCAGGCCUCACAUACCUGAGGGUUACGUUUAUACCCUUCACGAUAUAGGACUUGUCAUCAACAAAUUGAUGGGAGGAGCAUACAGGGCAUUUUAUACAAGGAGGAAAUUCAGACCCAUCUACGCGAAGGUGAUGAAUAAGGGUCAAAAUCUACAACGAAACUCUAGUUCGUUCGCAAAGCAGUAUGGAAAUGCAAUGAGUCUGCUGGCUGGAGCUCUUCCUUCCAGCGCUAAUCCUUGUUUGUUCGAUUAUCCUUUCAAUGAACUUCUGAUUUGGGCUGUGUUGAUGAAAAGACACAAAAUGGCUCUUCUGAUGUGGCAACACGGUGAAGAGGCACUGGCGAAAGCUUUAGUAGCAUGUAAACUUUUUAAAGCCAUGGCACAUGAAGCUGCAGAAGAUGACAUGGAAACAGAGGUCUAUGAGGAGUUACGCAGUUACGGGAAGGAGUUCGAGAACAUUGCUCUUGAAGUACUAGAUUACUGCUACCGACAAGACGAUGAUCAAACUCAACAACUUUUAACCUGCGAACUGCAAAAUUGGUCAGGGCAAACUUGUUUGAGUUUGGCUGUUGCCGCAAAUCAUAGAGCGCUUCUUGCGCACCCAUGUUCGCAGAUAAUAUUAGCCGACUUGUGGAUGGGAGGGUUGAGAACCAGGAAAAACACCAACCUCAAGGUGAUAUUAGGAUUACUGUUUCCUCUAUAUAUCCUAUCAUUGGAGUUCAAGUCGAAAGAAGAGCUUCAACUUAUGCCACAGACCACCGAAGAACAUAUGGAACUAGAAAACGAAGACGAUGAUAAAUCAGAUUCUGAAAAAAUUCCAGACGCAGAACAUAAACUCAUUAGGAACAACAAAAGGGUCGUACGAAAUCACAUUAAAGUGACACCUAAACCAAAACAUUAUAUUAUUCAAUUCAAAACGAAAAAAAAUGCGAGGACGUUGAGUAUUCGAGGCAGAGCGACAAAUCCACAAGGUGUAAAGGCUCUUCUUACGGAGACUUUCGGAAGAAGUGACGUUUUUUUACAAGAGAAUGGAAAACCAUUCGGAGGCUUGGAGGAUGGUAGGGCAUUUUCAGAUUUCGGAAAAAUGCCGAAGCAACGACAACUCAGGGUGAGGAAGAAGUUGUACGAGUUCUACACGGCACCAAUCACCAAGUUCUGGGCAAAUUCUAUAGCAUACAUCGUGUUCUUGGUGAUAUUCAGCUACCUAGUCCUAGUGAAAAUGUCCUUCACUCCGAGUUGGUACGAAUGGUUUUGCAUAGCCUUCAUAUGUAGUCUUGGCUGUGAGAAAAUAAGAGAGCUAUUUUCGUCAGAGCCAGUGAGCAUAGCCCAAAAACUAGCAGUCUGGUCAUGGAAUAUGUGGAAUCCUUGCGAUAUGGCCGCAGUACUUUUCUUCCUAAUCGGUGUGACGUUCAGGAUGCAGCCUGAUACAUUUGACCACGGCAGAGUCAUAUAUUGCGUUAAUUCCAUUUAUUGGUACUUACGAAUCUUGAAUAUACUGAGUGUAAAUAAAUAUUUGGGACCACUUGUAACAAUGAUGGGCAAAAUGGUGAAAAACAUGAUAUACUUUGUAGUACUCUUACUCAUAGUUCUCAUGAGCUUUGGUGUUACUAGACAAGCAAUUAACAAUCCUGACCAAGAAGCAAGCUGGAGUAUAGCAAGAGAUGUCUUUCUAGAACCUUAUUUCAUGUUGUAUGGAGAGGUGUACGCCAACAAAAUCGACCCGACGUGUGGUCCCGGAGGAGAGGAACCAGUAUGUAGGACUGGUAGAUGGAUCACUCCUUUCAUCAUGUCCAUAUAUCUGUUAGUCGCGAAUAUACUCCUGAUAAACCUCCUUAUAGCCGUUUUCAACAACAUAUUCAACGAAGUUAACGCCGUCUCACACCAAGUAUGGAUGUUUCAAAGAUUCACAGUUGUCAUGGAAUACGAACAGAAGCCUUUACUCCCACCGCCAUUCAUUAUACUCAGCCAUUUUUAUUUGUUCUGUAAAUACUUGAAAAGAAAAAUGGCCGGACAAGAAGAGAGCUACGAUAACGGCCUAAAACUUUUUCUGGAUCGUGAUGAGAUGGAAAGAUUGUACGAUUUCGAGGAGGACUGUGUCGAAGGUUAUUUUGCAGAGCAGGAAUUGAAGUUGCAGCAGUCAACAGAAGAAAGGAUCAAAGUUACCACUGAAAGGAUAGAACACUUAACACAGAAAGUAGAAGAUAUCAACACCAAGGAGAACGCAAACAGUACCGCAAUGCAAGGUUUUGAAGUAAGAUUUAGGAGGUUGCAAGACGAUACCCAAAACAUCAUUGAACAGCUACUCGAAAUUCAAAAGAUUCUAUCCGGAGGUAAUGCUGUCUCAACAAUUCCUGAAGAAGGUGUUCCUAGGGAAAGAACGCUCAGUGAAAACUCUGAGGGUGGUACGGAAGAACAUAUAAUACCGAAUAUAUUCCCCCCUUCUCUGACCAGGAAGAGAAUGAUGAUUCGAUCUUUGACGGAAGUGAGGCCUGAUGCGUAUAUCUUCGAUAAUGGUCAACAUAUCGAAUAUAGGCACACGGAGGAGGAAGAGGAUGCUUUCAAUGAACAAGAGAGGAUUGAAGCAUUGCCUAGAACAACGAGCAAACAGACCUUAACCAACGAAAGAGUGAGAAAAAAGAGUUCAGACUCAAAGACUUCGGUCGACAGUGUUGAUAAACUUGACUCGAACUUCGUUUCGGCUGACGACUUAGCAGCACUUAGUUUAGACGUUUUAAGAUCGAGGGUUGCACAAAGAAGGAGAGAUUCAGCAUCUGGUAGAAGGAAUUCAGACGGAAACGGAAAUGGUGAAGAACCUGUUCAACCUGCUAAAGUAAACUUCCCACGUCGCCAAUUCUCGCACACGCAAUCGGAGCCAGAGACGUCUGAACCGCCCCCCUCCGCUUCUGGGUUGCCACCACAUCGGCUAGGUGUUACUUUCGCAGAGCCAAAAAUUAAGGUUUUCCCCCCUAGCUCUUCGACGCAGAACAUCAAUCCGAGAUCAUCCAUAUUGAUGCACAUGCACACCGAGUAUACUAGUAUAACUGACGAACUGGAAACUGUUUGUGGACUUCUGAGUCCCCCAAGGUCACCUGGUCUUCUGUCACCUCCAAGGCCAGAACAAUCGCCGCCAUUUAAUGGAUUGACUGGCAGCGAAGAAAGGCUCAUAAGACAUUUUAACCAUCCAAGAAUAACAGAAAUUAGGGCAGCUAAAUUCGAAAUUGGUCAACGCCGAAGAAACCACUCUGAAAUGUCGAAUCCUGAAAUAGCAAUAAACUUGGAAAAGGAACAUCUACGUAGUGCCGAGGAGAGCGAUUACAUGGUAAUGGAAAAUCUAAUUCAAAGAAGAUACGAUGAAGAUGACGGUUCGUCCUCCGAACAAGACGAACCUUUCGCGACAACUCUGUUGAAAGUCCAGUCGGAAUCAAGAGACUUCAGACUGAACUCCUGGCCUAGUAGAACACUACAACGAGUUAGUGCUGUAGAUACUGAACCACCUCCGACACCCAGUUCUCCAAAGCCUAUGAUCGGUUUCAGUCCAGAUACCUCAACUGAACGCCAGGAUUCGACAGAUUCUGGCGAUAUAACUCUAAUAAGCCAACCACCUCCACCAAAAAGACCCUCUAUUGUGAUGGAUUCUUCUCAAUUGCCAAUUCAAAGAGAAAUACAUCUUCAAAAAGCGGACUCUAAAGCCAGUCUUCAUAUGCAAUCUGAGACUAUGUGUUGAUAAAAUAACAAAAAUGGAUGAUUAACUGUCGAAACGCUGGCUACAUAGCUGCAGCGGAUUGCAUCAGAUACCAUGUCGGAAGAACUAUACUCAAAUAAAAUGUUUGUAACAUCUCAUUUUCGAGAAAUGAUCUCUUCGAAUAGGUACCUCUAUUGAAAUUGAAGAAAAAGACAAUAUUGAAAUUCAACAAAUCUUGGUACAAAUCAUAGCCAACAAAAUUUGGAUCAUUAAUAAAAUUAUAUAUCAUUAGGUCUUCAACUCCAACCUGACUAUUUGCUUUGUACUGAGAGCUGAUUUUAGUAGUCGUAGAAAUGAAUCGCGUCUGAUUGUACAUAAAAUACUUGAAAUGCGAACAAUCAGUACUGUACCCCUAUAUUUUUAUCGAAAUAUAAAAAUUAUUUAGCUCAAUUGUAGUGCUCAAAUUGUGGCAAUAUUUCUUCUUUCAUCUCAAAACUUACAAUGGAUCCCAAAAAGUUUUAUUUUGAAAAGCAUCUUGAAUUGUUUUCAAUACAUAUCACUAUAACUAUACUACAAUAAAUCUCUUCUGAAUAUUCAAGUGAAGAAUUUUACCUUUUUGAUCGUUUUACUCGAUAUUUUUAUAUGUAGUGAUUCUAUUUUAAAUCUAACUAGUUCGAAAUUUAUAACAGUAAUUUUUGAAUCUGUAAUUCCGGAUUUCCCAACUAUCUAGUAUUUGAAUUGUUUUGUAUUUAAUUGAUUAUUGUAAGAUUGAAUCUGAAAUAAAUAAAGCCCUAUGUGAAACAUGAAA